CUCUUCUAGCUCGGAGGUCAGUACAGGUAGCCCUGCGUAAAAAUAUGAAGUAGCUCUGUUUCUAAAAGGUUGAUGACCCCGGGUCUAAACGUUGUUCUUCCUUUCUUGUGACAGCCCUUCACUCCAUCCUUAUAUUGUUUCUUCUUUUUUGUCCUUCCUUUUUUGUACAUCAUCUUUUUCCUAUGUCUUUUCCUUCCUCGUUGCUCCUUUCUUUUCAUCUUGUCCUUCCUUCUUGUCUCUUUUUUUAUUGUAUUUCAUUUAUUUAUUUGCAAAUUUCAAUUUGUAAGCCUACGCGUUGUAAAAUCCCUGCCAUUCUUAGUGAAUUAUUAGUUUGAGUGUAAAGGACUGAAUAAUCUGGAGUAUAGGGAUGAGUCUGUAAAAGUCUUAGUUGGCCACUUGGUGGCAGCAUUGAGUUAUUUGUGAUCAACUUUCAUUGCAUUUUGAGGGGAACUCAGUUACGCAUCCAAUCUGCGUUUUACCGGCUUCGGAGAUGCGACAUCUAACAAUUCAACGUUAAUUAUUAGAUCUGAAUAAGAUCAUUUAUUAAUUAUUUAUUCUUUUGGGGGAAGAAGCACUCGCGCUCUUUUGCGCGCAAGCCCCGUGGCUGCACUAUGCGUCCUGCUCGCCAAUGAACAUCCAACUCCACCCAUGAUCUGAAUGAGAGAGAGGCGGAGGGUGGAGCAGCCCUGUCACCAGGAGCUGGAGGCUGUCAACUUAAAAGAUUGUGCGUCUCCAGGAGGAGACGAGAAGUUGGGAUGGCAGCGCUCCAAGGUCCAGCUCUGUUUGGGAAUAAAUGUCCAGGCGUUUAAAUUAAAUGAAAGUCCAAAUGCUGAAAGCAUGAGCGAAGCCAACGAGAGCGUUUAUCUGAACAGGUCACUGAGGGUGGACCUCUUCAGCAACCUGGAGGACAUCGACGUGACGGCAGACGGGAGUCCGGUCCUCAGAUUCCUCAUCUGCCUCGUCUACUCGGUGGUGUGCGCCGCGGGUCUGGUUGGCAACCUGCUGGUCCUCUUCUUCAUCAGGGUCAGGCAGGAGCGCAGGAAGUCCAGGGUGAACUUCUUUGUGCUCAACCUGGCGGUGACGGACCUGCAGUUCGUGCUCACCCUGCCCUUCUGGGCCGUGGACACCGCUCUGGACUUCAGCUGGCCGUUCGGAGACGCGAUGUGCAAGAUCAUUCUGUCGGUCACCGUCAUGAACAUGUACGCCAGCGUCUUCUUCCUCACCGCCAUGAGCGUGACCCGCUACUGGUCGCUGGCCUCGGCUCUGAAGAACCGAACCGUGCAGAGGUCGUGCUCUGCCAAAUGGGUCUGCGCGGUCAUUUGGACUCUGGCAACUCUGGCCACCGCGCCGACGUCGAUUUUCUCAACCGUGAGCAACGUGACGGGAGAGAAACUGUGCCUGCUGCGGUUCCCGGGCGGACAGUACUGGUUAGCGGUUUACCACAUCCAGAAAAUAGUUGUGGGCUUUGUUUUACCCAUGUCCAUCGUGUCAAUCAGCUACUUCAUGCUGCUGCGCUUCAUCCGCAAGCGGAGCAUGAAGACCAGCAACCCCAAACGGAGGUCCCAGGUGACCAGGUCCAUCACCAUCGUCAUGCUGUCCUUCUUCUUCUGCUGGAUGCCGAACCACGCCAUCACCCUGUGGAGCGUCCUGGUAAAACUGAACUUUGCUCCGUGGGACAGCGCUUACUACAUAGUCCACACGUACGUGUUCCCGCUCACCGUGUGCCUGGCGCACACCAACAGCUGCCUGAACCCGAUCAUUUAUUGCCUCAUGAGGAAGGAGUUUAGGGACAAACUGCGGGAUCUGGUCCGCAGGAGAUAGCGAUUUUAAAGCCUCCGGGAGAGAUUAAAUGACGCGCGUAACGCAUUUGGCAAACUGUAACCAGGGCGCACUGGAUGCGCACGACUGUAAAGCUCAGAUCGGAACCCAUCAAUCACGCUUGUUGUCUUAGAUGGCUUCGCUCGUUUCUAUAACUCGUUCUUAGCUACAUGAAUGUGUUGCGUUAAAUUAUAAAAUAAUGAAUACAUUACUGGCCAAAUAUAUAUAUACAUGCGUAAUAUUUAGUACACUCGUGCGUAAAAGCGCAGCACGGUCAUCUGUAUUCUUGUGCUUUUGGUGUUACUGAGCUGAUUGUGUCGCCAGUCGCUUUCUAUCUUGAUCUGUGAAUGUUCUUUUCUAUAAGUGCGUUUGUAGAAAGCCGACGAAGCAAAAGAUGCCAGUAGCAGCAGUAUUGACCAAAAAAAGAUCUCAAUAUGAUUGUUGUAAAUAGGCAGCAAAAGCUUGUGUGUGUUAAUAAAAUACAGCCAGAUCAGACUAAUGUUACUGACUAAAGUGUCUGGGUGAUGAGAAUGAGACAGUUGUGGUUUUAUGAAAGUCCGAUCUUAUUAAAACAGCGAAUUAAAUCAAUGUAAAAACACAUCUGAGGGGCUCCAAUAUAGGCAGCACGCAGCGGAAAUAGACUUGCAAAUGGGCACCGAGACCCCCCUCAGUGUCAGCCAUCAUCACAGGAAAUUAGCUACAGGUGCGCAGAGAAUAUGCACCGUAACAGCCCUCAGCGCACCAUCAGGAUGUUAUUAUCUGACAGCUUUGGCUGAACCGAAUGUAUGAUUAAUCUAUUGGCUACAAAUGGACCAAUUACCAACAGAGAGACAUCUUAUGAUUUUUUUUUUUUUUUUUUUUUUGUGCUGCGUUUAAUGCCACACUUCUUUUUAAAGAGCUCACGUUGUCAAAAGCCUUCAAUUACCCUGACUGACACUGCAGGAGACUCGCCUACUUCAUUUUUUCUCCGAGAGAUUUUUUUGGACUCAUUUAAAAGAAAGCAAGACAUCACAGACAUGAAAAAGCUUUAAAGCAUGACCACCAUCCUCCCACUGGGCCUGUAUGUUUCAGUUUUUUGCAUAUUCGCCUUAUCAAGUGUAAAAAAAUAAAUAAAAAAUUAUGUUUGUACAUUAGUUUUCAAAGUAAUCAUAUCCUAUUGUAACAACUCCAUUGAAGGACGAGCAUUCUUUUGGAAAAUUUAAAGGGAACCUGGUGCAGAUGGUAAAUAACUGAUGACUUUCCAAGUAAAAACAGCAAAACUGAUUAAGCAGCGACAAAAUAAUUUAAUGUUAAUAAAAUAUGCUGUAAAAGUGUGGCCUUCAUUUGUUUCAACUCCCCUUCUGUAGAAACCCCUCUCACUGUGAGGAAAAUUGCAAGCCUUUUGGAGUUUAUGUCCUCCAGCUUUGAAACAUCUGGAGGAUAAAAGGUUCCAUAUUUGUUGCAAAGCAGUCCUAGUUCAGUCAGACUGGAUGGAUCUAUGAACAUCAGCUUUCAAGUCUUGCUGCUGAUUCUCAGUUGGAUUCAGGUCUUGCCUUUCACUGGGCCAUACUAACACAUGCAAAGGCGUUGCUCUGACCCCUCCCAUUGUAGCUCUGGCUGUUUGGUUUAGGGCCGCUGUGUUGCUGGAAGGAGAACCCACAACCCAGUCUAGAGUCGUCUGCAGCCUCUAACAGGUUUUCCUCCGCGGUUGUCCUGUUUCCAGCUCCAUCCCGCUGAAUAAAAGCUUCCCUACCUACCCCACCGUGGGGAUGAAACAUUUUCAAGGUGCACUGUUAGUUUUUUGCC